AUGGCAGAGAAGGACGAGAGAGUGGGCGUAAGUCUUUCUUCUACAGGACAAUUUGAUCAAGAAAUUUAUGGUGAUGAUACCAGUGAUCGAUUUGAUGGCUAUAGUGCCACUAUUACGGAGGAAAAAGACGACGAGGACGAGCAGCAACCGGUGGACCAUCAUUCAUACUCGAAGAAGACGAUAAAGCCACAGCAAGAGAGCGGAGAUGGCUUAAUUGACGAUAAUUAUGACCCUUUUGCAGAGGCAAGUAAAGCAAAUGGCUCGGGGAUUGUGAACACGCGCAUUGUGGACCGGGAGAACGCGUACCGCAAGCGGCGAUUUGAGCGCAUGUUGUCACCUGAACGUGGAGAUGCAUUUGGAGAUGAAACACCAGUGCGAAGCUAUAAGGAGAUUAUGCAGACUCAACAGCUGGAGCAGGAGAGAGCGGAAGUGGUGCGUAAGAUCUUGCAGAAGCGAGAGGAGGAAGAACAGCGGGGACGACAGGAACAGAAACAGCAGGAAGUGGAUGCGACGCCCAAAAGACGGCGUAAGAGAAUGAGAUGGGAUCAAGAAGCACCUGUGACCGAAAAGACAGACGGAGAGAGCCAAUCCGAGUGGGACACGGCAUCAGAAAGCUCAGCAGUGAGCGCUGAUGCUGCCACACCCACACGGACGUCGUCGAGAUGGGAUGCUACACCUGUGGCUGCGACGCCAGGAAGGAAGAAUCGCUGGGACGAAACCCCAGUGGCAAGUGGUGCAGCAUCGAAAUGGGACGCUACGCCUGUAAAUUUGGGUGGAGUGACUCCUGCAGGAACAGGGAAGCGGUCGCGUUGGGAUGAGACGCCAAUGCCCGGUCCAAGUGACAUGGCAACACCUGGAAAGGGUGUACCGAUGACCCCUGGAGGCUCCAUGACUGAUAUCAUGAGUGGAGCAUUGACGCCAGAGCUGGCCCAACGAAUGCGUUGGGAACGAGAGAUUGAGGAGCGAAACCGUCCUCUGAUGGACGAGGAGUUGGACGCGUUAUUUCCUGCGACAGGGUAUAAGAUCCUUGACCCACCUGCUUCUUAUGUACCGAUUCGAACACCGUCACGGAAGUUGCUUGCUACUCCCACGCCGAUGGGUCAAAUUUCUGGCUUUGUAAUGCAAGCUACGCCUGCGCGUGAGGAUUAUGGCGUCCCGGUUGGUACCCCGUCGGGUAGUGAUGGUAGCUCGAUGCCGUUUAUUAAGCCAGAGGACUAUCAGUAUUUUGGCAAGCUAAUGGACCAGGUGAACGAAGAAGAACUGGACGCUGAGGCUGCUAAAGAGCGUAAGAUUAUGCGCUUGCUUCUAAAGAUCAAGAAUGGGACGCCGCCACAGCGGAAGACGGCACUACGACAGCUUACAGAUAAGGCGCGUGAGUUUGGAGCCGGAGCGCUAUUCAACCAGAUUUUGCCGUUGCUCAUGGCGCCUACACUCGAAGAUCAGGAACGCCAUUUGCUGGUCAAGGUAAUCGAUCGUAUACUUUACAAGCUAGAUGAUCUCGUCCGCCCAUAUGUGCACAAAAUUUUGGUAGUGAUUGAGCCACUGCUGAUUGAUGAAGACUAUUAUGCUCGUGUGGAAGGUCGCGAGAUCAUUUCAAAUCUUGCAAAGGCUGCAGGUCUUGCUACUAUGAUUUCUGCUAUGCGUCCAGAUAUCGAUAUUGACGAUGAGUACGUUCGCAACACAACGGCGCGCGCCUUCGCUGUUGUUGCUUCGGCACUCGGUAUUCCGGCUCUGCUGCCUUUCCUAAAGGCUGUCUGCCAGUCACGUAAGUCGUGGCAAGCGCGACACACUGGCAUUAAGAUUGUGCAGCAGGUUGCAAUUCUUAUGGGAUGCGCUGUGUUGCCACACUUAAAGCACCUUGUGGAAAUCAUUGAGCAUGGGCUUGAGGAUGAGCAAAAGGUACGCACUAUCACGGCACUCGCUUUGGCUGCUUUGGCUGAGGCUGCGCAUCCAUACGGUAUUGAGUCGUUUGACUCAGUCUUACGUCCAUUAUGGCGUGGUACCCGGAAACAUCACGGCAAGGGUCUGGCAGCGUUUUUGAAGGCAAUUGGAUUCAUUAUUCCUCUUAUGGAUGCCCAAUAUGCAAACUAUUACACGGUGGAGGUGAUGGAGAUCUUGAUUCGUGAAUUCCAAUCGCCUGAUGAGGAAAUGAAGAAAAUUGUGCUGAAGGUGGUGAAACAGUGCGUUUCGACAGACGGUGUUGAAGCAUCUUAUGUCAAAGAGAAGAUCUUGCCUGAUUUUUUCCGGCACUUCUGGGUUCGUCGUAUGGCGUUGGACCGACGAAAUUACCGCCAACUAGUGGAUACAACAGUGGAGCUUGCGAAUAAUGUGGGCGCAAGCGAGAUUAUAUCGCGGGUAGUGGAUGAUCUGAAGGAUGAAAGUGAGCCGUAUCGUCGCAUGGUUAUGGAAGUGAUCCAGAAGGUCAUUUCGAAUUUGGGUGCCACGGAUAUUGGCACGGAUCUUGAGGAAAAACUUAUUGAUGGUAUCCUGUAUGCUUUUCAAGAGCAAACGUCAGAUGAUACUUUCGUGAUGCUAAAUGGAUUUGGUAUUGUUGUAAACGCUCUUGGGGUUCGCGCGAAGAACUAUCUGCCGCAGAUAUGUGGUACGAUCAAGUGGCGGUUGAAUAAUAAGCCAGCUAAAGUGCGGAUGCAGGCAGCUGAUUUGAUCAAUCGUAUUGCUGUGGUCAUGAAGUCUUGUGAUCAGGAGCAACUGAUGGGACAUAUGGGUGUUGUUCUGUACGAAUACCUUGGUGAGGAGUACCCGGAGGUACUGGGUAGUAUCUUAGGUGCGCUGAAGGCUAUCGUGAAUGUGAUUGGUAUGAAUAAAAUGACGCCGCCCAUUAAGGACCUGCUUCCACGUCUAACCCCUAUUCUUAAGAAUCGUCAUGAGAAGGUUCAGGAGAACUGCAUUGCUAGGGGAACAAUGGUUACCAUGGCUGACGGGACGUCCAAGCCUAUCGAAUCUGUAGUAAAGGGCGACCACGUGAUGAGCCCUCGCGUUAUUAACGACAAUUCUGUCGUUGCCGACUUGGACAUGGCGUGUACGCGUGUUCUUGACAACGGAGAACGUGAAUGCGUAGAGCUCAAGUUUGAGGACGGCCGUGAGCUUGUGUGCACGCCAGACCACCGGCUGCUGCGAUUUGAUGGAAAAUGGCAAACAGCGGGAGAAGUCCCGGUUGGUCAUCAAAUUUCAGUUGCAGCACAGGAGGAAACCACUGCUGCAUCGGGCGAGCUCUCUGUUAAGGUUGUCGGUCUUCGUGUUAUUGAACGACGCAGCGUCGGCAUUAAGCGCGUGUUUGACCUUACUGUUCCCGGCAACGAUGCGUUCUUUGCGGCUGGCAUUGCUGUGCAUAACUGUAUUGACUUGGUUGGUCGGAUUGCUGAUCGUGGCGCAGAUCUGGUAUCAGCUCGGGAAUGGAUGCGAAUUUGUUUUGAGCUGUUGGACAUGCUGAAGGCACACAAAAAGGGCAUUCGUCGUGCUGCUGUUAACACGUUUGGCUAUAUUGCUAAGGCAAUCGGUCCGCAGGACGUGCUGCACACUCUGUUGAAUAACCUGAAGGUGCAAGAGCGACAAAACCGUGUGUGUACAACAGUAGCCAUCGCCAUUGUCGCCGAAACAUGUUCACCAUUUACUGUUGUUCCAGCUCUGAUGAAUGAAUACCGUGUACCCGAGUUGAACGUGCAAAAUGGUGUACUGAAGGCCUUUUCAUUCAUGUUCGAGUAUAUUGGUGAAAUGGGCAAGGACUACAUCUACGCGGUGGCACCACUGUUGCAGGAUGCACUGAUGGACCGCGAUCUAGUGCAUCGUCAAACCGCUUGCACUACAGUGAAGCACUUGGCACUUGGUGUUGCUGGCUUGGGCUGCGAGGAUGCGCUGGUUCACCUGCUGAAUUUUGUGUGGCCUAACAUUUUUGAAACAUCUCCGCACGUGAUCAAUGCUGUGUUUGAAGCCGUGGAAGGCUGUCGUGUGGCACUGGGUCCACAUGUGAUCCUGCAAUACGUUUUGCAAGGUCUGUUUCACCCUGCGCGCCGUGUGCGUGAGGUGUAUUGGAAAAUCUACAAUUCGCUUUACAUGUACUCGCAAGAUGGUUUGACUCCUGCCUACCCAAUGCUUGAGGAUGAUGGUGUGAAUGCAUACAACCGCACAUAUCUGGAGCUAUGCAUUUAA